CAACAGUUUCUUGAAGAGUUGCAGUUAGAAAGGGAAAGAGUUCGUGCCAGCCAACGGCAGCUUUUAUUGUGAAAGCAGCGGCCGGAUGUUGUCCUCCUGGUUGUGUCCGGUUUGACUCGGAGCAGCAGAGCUUCGCAGAAGAAGCAGCGAGAGGCAGCAGGACUGGAGCAAACCCAGCAGUCUCUGCCUCAUGCUUCAUCCUGGCCACUUCUCCUCCUCCUCCUCCAGUCCGAUAUUAACAGCAUUGUGACAGUAGUUUUUAAAAGUUGUAUUUUUUAACCACAAAAAAAAAAAACAGCAACAAAACGUGGAGGGGGGGAGAAGGGGGCCGAGUCAUGGAGCUUUUCUGCCUGGAGUCGGACACAGUCGUGAGAGCCCAGCUUGACCCAAACAUCCUCUAUGAUGACAGAGUGUUGCAAAGUUUAUUAACCAUUGAGGACAGGUUUUUACCUCAAUGCUCCUAUUUCCAGCGGGUCCAGAAGGAUAUUCAGCCUUAUAUGAGACGAAUGGUUGCAGGUUGGAUGCACGAGGUGUGUGAAGAGGAGAAGAGUAAUGAAGACGUCUUCCCUUUAGCCAUUAAUUAUUUGGACAGAUUUUUAGCUGUGAUGCCCACAAGAAAGAAUUAUUUGCAGCUUCUGGGAGCUGUGUGCAUAUUCCUGGCCUCCAAGUUAAAGGACUGCAGGCCGCUUUCUGCAGAAAAACUUUGCAUGUACACAGACAACUCCAUCACACCACGGGAACUGCUGGACUGGGAGCUGGUGGUGCUGGGGAAGUUGAAGUGGAACAUGGCCUCGGUCACCCCCAAUGAUUUUAUAGAGCACAUCAUACGCCGGCUGCCCCUUCCCAAAGACAAGCUGGCCAUGGUCCGCAAACACACGCAGACAUUCAUUGCCCUCUGUGCCACAGAUGACCGCCUUGCCAUGAACCCUCCUUCCAUGAUCGCCACUGGCAGCAUGGGAGCCGCCGUCUGUGGCCUGCAGCUGGACCACAGCGACCAGAGGCUGAGUCGAGACAACCUGACAGACCUGCUGGCCAAGAUCACCAACACAGAGGUGGAUUGUUUGACGGCGUGCCAGGAGCAAAUAGAGCGUGUGCUGGCCACCAGCCUGCAGCAGGGCCAGCAGUACCGGCAGGAGAGCGGCGUCAGAGCAGGCAACAAGGCGAGGGAGCAGCAAGACCAGUCCAGCACCCCCACAGAUGUUCGAGAUGUCAACUUGUGAGCUCCCAUCACCACCCGACUCGCACACACCGCUCACGCCUGUUUACCAAUGAACUAACGGGAGCGAGGGAGGCACGAGCCGCCGGUAUCUACAUCAAGGCUCCGCAUGAGCGACGGUGUGACAAUCCAUGAACUUUUAGCAAAUAAGAAAUUUCUAGUUUUUCUCCUUUUUUUGCCCCAUUCUACCCCUUUUGGGUGUACUUUGACCUUUUUUUGUUUUUAUGGGCCACAUGUAAUCAAACAAGCUAUUUAAAAAAGAAAUUCUUGAAAAACUUGAUAGUGCCUUAGGUUUCCCAGAAUGGAAACCUGAAUAUAUUUUCAUACUUGAAAAAAAAAAAACAGCAUAAUUAUAUGAAAUAUACAUAUUUCUUUUGAUACAACCUAGUAAAAAAUAAAUAUAAAUAUUGUAUAUUUAGCUAGCAUUUAGUUAUGUUACUCUUUUAUCAUCUUUUGUGAGCAGUUAUCAAUUUCACAGUUUUAUCGGGUUUUCCUCCCCUGUGCAGGAGAACUCCUAUAGCUGAUAAUACAGUACAUGGCAUUUAAACCAACCUGAUAUCCAGCCGGAGGAGCGCUACUGUAGUUAGCCGCUCUCUCUCUCUAUCUAUCAUACUGUGCACCUGUAGCACUGCUUACUAUUUAUGCUGAAAAAUGCUGGCCAGGAGUGGGCUGGGCCUGCUCACAGAGGAAGAACAUGAGGGGCUUUGAGGUGUGGAGCAGUGGCUACUGUUUAAAGGUUAACACAGGUCAGUUAUUAUUGAUUUCACUGCCAGAAACCACAGACCAGUACAGUAUGUAAAUAGGAUGAUAUGUACAUGUAUUAUAAUUCAGCGAGGCUACAUUAUUAUAGUUCUGUUCUUGGUCUAGCUCCUACAUGUUCCAGAGUGUUUUAGUAGAUGGUUUUCAGGCGAUUUUUUUAGCCUCAGCUAGGUAGUCACGAGGAAAAAGAAGAUUUGGCAUGUUUUUAUCUUUAUGACCAGGUUUGAGAUGGAAAUGGACGCAGGUUGAAGGUUUUCUUGUGAGGUUUUUAUUGGAAAAGAAUGCAUGUAGAAAGUAGGGGGGGAUGCUAGAAGUCUGGAUUGAUGAAUAAUCGGCGCGGAAGUUAACUUAAGCUAAAAGUUUCUGCAGCUGCACGAUACUUGAGUGACACACAGGAGGAGAGAGAAUCCCUGGUGGUGUUCGGAGGGAUCGGAUUAGUUGUGCUGCAGUUUCUCCUGUUAUCAAUUUCACCAUUAAUUUUUUUUUUUUUUUUUGAGAGUGGGCGACUUUGAACAAUAUUGAUGCACUUUUAAAAACACACUCCUUAAGAAUGGUAAGGGGAUGGUGGUUGAGGAGAGUUCAGUGGGUUGUUAGGGUCUUUUUUUUUUUUCUUUUAAGUUAUUUGAUUUUUUUUUUUUUUUUCUGGGCUGGAUUCCCAUGGGGUAACGCACAUUGUCUUGAAAGCUGCGCCCCGACAGGUGAGUAGACGUAGGAUAAUCGGUGUUAUAGUAUAAUAGAAUAUAAACUAAGGAAAGCCAAGUCACUUGUAGACUUUUUUUUUUUUGAUUCAGUGCGUUUAUUUAACCUUACUUGAAUUUUUUGUUAAUUCAUAGCCAAAACCUUCCAAUAGUUCUUUCAAAGAGUUACACGCAUACUGUGUCCUAAAUAUUCUUUGUUCUUGUUUUUUUUGUUUUUUUUUUGCUCUUUUUAUGUAAACUGCUCUCUAAACUGAAGUUUUAAAAGUAAGUUUUCUGCAUUAUAGGCAUGAGUAGGUAGGGGUUUACAUGGUGUGAACGUUUUGACUGUAUAUAUAACCGACUUCCCAAUGAGCAGAAAUGCUACAAAAGUCCUCAUUUACAUUUUAGGAAACAAAAAUUCUAAAUUGUAUCCGUGCAUGUUCUGUUGUGCAAAAAAAGCCAAAUGUUUUUCCAAAAAAAAAAAAGUGCUUUAAACAGAAAAAAUGUUUAUGCUUGUAAAGGUUUUGUGUAUAAUUUGAAAGAUAAUUCCAAAGUGAGAAAACUAGAUUAUACACAUCAUUCUCUUGCUGCUAUGAAGCUUUUUCUUUUCUAGUCUUACACAAAGAUGCCUUAUCGUGAUUCACUUGUGUGCUGCUAUAUUAUGAAAUUGUGUAUAUGUAACAAGUCUUCUUUUGCUUCUCUGUUGUAUGUGUACUGGAGGGAACGUAACACAGUUUGGUGCGGGACUGGAAGUACUUGUUUUUGCCGAUCUUUUUUGAUUAGCAUGUUUUAUUCCUUUUAAUUGUUCCAUUUGUAUCUUUAUAUUCUACCAUAUUCUUGCUGCUUCUUUGUAAUGUUUGUGUACCUCAGGUUAAUUUGGACAGAUAGAGCGAGAGCCCAUCUCGCAUUACCUCAUCAAACUUCACAUCACACAUACACACACACACACAUGUCGUCUUCACUCUGAAUUUGUUGGACGGGUUUAACUUUUUUUUUUUUUUUCUCUAUCUGGAUGAGAGGAACAACGAUGCUUCUUCUCUGUAAAUCACAAAAAAAAUGUCUGCCACCAGAUUCCACUGAGCAGUUCUAAGUGCCUAUACUUUAAAAUAGGUUAUUUCAUAUAUGUAAGUAAAAAAGACAGCCUAUACUGUAUGUUGUACAUGUAUCGGACAUUGGCAUGUUUUGAUCGGUUCAUUGGAAUAAAAUGGAAAAUUGUUUAUUUUUGAGGUACCCACCUAGUCGGAAGUUUAAACCACGAGAAUGUUUGAUCAUUUGUUCGGUGUGGUUGUUUUUCCAAACUCCUCUCCCACUAUCCCCACGAGCAACCACACAGUGUACCUCAAUAAUUUCUCCUCAAUAAAAUUGGCUAAAAAUCA